AUAAACAUCAAGCAUGUCAAAAACGGCCGAAAACGUCAAGGAUCAAAUUCUAGGUUAUCUUGUUAAUUAGUGUCGGUUUUUUAGUGUGGAAUUUCAAACAAGUAAAUUCCGAUCUUAUCUUUUAGAAAUUCGCAGUUUAUAACGGCUCAUUUUCAAACGUUUAUCAUGCUUAUGCGGUGAGCUUGCGUUUUCUAUAACAACAAAAAUGUCGUUCACCAUUUCGAAGAUAACCCCGUUCCCACAAAAUACCCUGCAGUUUAUCCCGCAAAAUGAUUCCAAUGAAGUUGUACAAUCGGCAUGGCCAGUACUGGGGGGCAUAUUAUCUGAAGGAAAAUACGUCUGGCAUGCUAAAGGAUCAUGCUUAGAAGUGAGAAACGGUAAAUCAGGAUUCAAAAUAGGCGCUUGGACAUUUGGAUGUGUCCUCAGAGACUCUAAUACCAAAAUUGUUUGUGUCGAAGAGGUUGAUACAUCAAGUGGGCAUUUACCAUUGCUUGCAGUUGGACUCGAUUGUUCUAUUAGUGGAGGCUCAAUAUGUAUUUUUGAUGCUGGCAGUUCUAGAGUCAUUAGAGCCAUUCAUGUCAAAGAAAGAAUCAGUAAUAUGAAUGUUGUGGAUUCAGCUUUAGAGGUGUUGAAUUUACCAGGAUCUCUUCGAUGUUUUGAUGGAAUUUUAGCUGUAGGAACAUUAGGUGGUGAUAUUUUACUCAUAGACAUCUGCCGGCAGAUUUGUAUGGAUCAAGAGCAAGUUAGGGAUGAAAUUUCUCCAUGUCAAAUUGUAAUCAUUCCUCCACAUAAAGUUGAUAAAGUAGAGAGGUAUAAAGAACAGUGUAUAAAAGAAGGCAAUCACCUAGCUAUACAUUUGAAUAUUGUGUUGGAUAGUAAAACAGAACAUUUUACUCUGAAAGGUCCCCAGAAUGAAAAUAAAUUGUUUGUGAAUAAGGAAGAGGUAUCUGUAAGUAAACUAUACUACUGUUCGCAACUAACUUCACUUCUAGUUGGAUUCAACUUUGGAGCAUUUCAACUUUGGGAUUUAACAACUUUAUCCUUAAUAUAUACAUCUCCAGUGUGUGAAGAUCAUCUACCAAUCACUCAGUUUGCAUUUCUAGAACCUACAGAUGAUCCAAGAGCUUUUUGCUAUGUCUGGGUUGCUUACAGCAACACAGAGCUAUACCAAGGAGGAUUUCCAUUUGCCGUAAUGUAUUCUUUUUGCUAUGCUUCUAAAGAAAACCAUGAAGGGUAUGGAUAUCUGUAUCAAGAUUUUCAGUUUUGUACUGUUCGGUUCCAAAUAGAAUUGGGUGUGCUUCACAGUACCAACAAAACAAAAGGUGGAUGUAUUUUGAACUUCCAGCCUGUUUAUAAACAACCAAAUAAUAAAGACUCUGCAACAAAAUCAACGAGUGAUGUGCUGGCGCUGACACAAAUAUCCUGGACAGUAUGGUUUGAUAGAGGUGAAACCCAAACAAAUAUGUUAGUGUUUGAUUUGAAUCAGUGGUAUAAAGAGCAAAUGCCUACUUUUUCGAGCUGGAAAGAAAGUUCCACCUACAUUUUGAAAACUAGUCUUACAGAGCAGAUUUUGAUGUCUGGCCACAAAUCGUCACUCAUAUUAGACUGUAGAGUCAUCACUAAAUCAUUGAACCAGUUUUUAGGGGUACAGAAACUUGAAGAGCAUUUCUACCCAACAGCACUAUCUUUCGAUGUCUAUGUUGUGCGAGAAAAUGACAUUAUUGUUGUUCAUAGUGACAGCUUACAAAAGGCAUUGCUGUCUCAAAUAGAAUCAGCAGGACCUUUAUGUCUUGUUAGAACAAAUGAUGUUUAUCAACAGGUUAUAAAUCUGGGACUGACGCCACUAUUUGUUGACCUGCAAGUCAACACGUCCACAACUAUUGAGGCACAGAGAGAAAUCAUAUUGAAUGUAGGACUGGAACAUCAUUUGACAGGAUGGUUGUGCAAAUGCGCGUCAGAAUGGGCAAAUGGUAGUUUUUCUUCGGCAGGUUGUUCUUUGGAUUUCUUACUAAACUGGGCAUUUCACAGAGCAGUCACCCUUAAAACCACCUGCGACAGGUACUGCAAAAGUCUUUUCGAUUAUUCCCAACUGCCUCUGGAUAGCAAUACUAGCAUUCUGUUGAACAGUUGUACCAGGCAGAUCAACAAUUUAUGUACAUUUUACGCUUUCGUUUUUGGAAAAUUGCAUAACUACCUGGCACUACCUCGAGUCGUUGAAGAACAAGCCGCAAGUUUGGACAUGGUUUCCAUCUACUUUGAAGUUCUGGUGUGGAUGGUAAACGUAGGAUUAUUACCAGAAUGUCACCAGUCUGUAUAUCCAAAAGACAACUCGGAAAAAGUCAAUGCCCCGUACCCUGUAGUUGAGCUAACCAAGUAUUACAAUGAAAGAAGGGCACAGUUAAGACUGUUGAGUAAAGACACGUUUGCGAGCUCUGACCAACUGCUCUUCAUAGAUAAUCUCAUCGCUAUAAAAUGUGGCGCUGAACAGCUUCAAAAGCAAUGGCAAGAUGACAGAGGUAGCGGGCUUUAUCCUCCGCCCUCUCUACAAUCGUUAUUGAGGAGCUACUUGGUUCCAGAAGCCAAUUUGCUCUAUAAACACACAUUGGUCAUUUACGUAUUUUUAGACUUAGCCAUGACAUUGGACCAGACCAGGUACUCUGGUGUUAUAACGCAUCUGAUAAAGUUUCCUGCUGUCUUUAAAGUACCACCAAGCUUGAUAAAAAUCACUCAGGCGUUUUGGCAGUUGGAUCACGGCGAUUUUGCCUCUGCGAUGGAACUGAUGCUGGACCCACAGAUUUCUAACAAUGAUCUCCAACCUUGGCAACAUAAUGUUGCUAUGAGAGCGCUACUGUUGCAAGAACAGAACAACCUAGCAUUGUUCUAUAUGCAAGUUAGGAAACCGCCUAUUAACAGUGAGAAGGAUAUAUUGACAGCCAUCAGUCUUUUUGUUGCUAACAAUAUGUUGGAUGAAGCAUUCUAUUUCAAGAAUCAACAUAAUAGUGCGAAUAUACAGAUUCUACUUCAACAUCUUUUCCGAGAAUGUAAUAAAAGUGGAUCUCUGCAGAACCUGUUGUAUAGACGCUUGGAUACAAAAGAAGAAAAAGCAUUUUUCGAUUACCUGAAAUCGAUAAACAAUCCGAAUUUUGAAGAUUUGCAAGUGUUCUAUUAUCUAUUGAGAGCAAGAUUUAUAGAAGCAUUUGACGUACAUACGAACAUCAAGAAGAGAAAUCCAGAUUCGCUAGGUUUGUCUGGCCAGAAAAAUGCGUCAGUAAGUGACCAUGUAGUGAAAAUCUUCAAAAAAUACCUACCAGACGUCAGCAAGAAUCUCGUGGAGUACGUUCGCAAAGAAAGAGCAUCUGUAUGGACGAAACUAACCAGACCAACACCUUUAUCAGUAUUUGUCCAUGAUAACAACGAGCAAGUCCAAUAUAAGUCAACAGUGAUCCAUGCAGCGAUAUCAAAAGCUAAAAGUACGUUUUUGGACAACAAACUCAAUGUAUCUACCGAGGGAACUCCAUUUUUGAGAACUCCCGUCGCGCUUAGAAAAAAAUCCAGACUUGCUACAACUAUAGUUACACCUCAUGUUAUCGAUUAUGAAGAGGAGUGCCCAACACCUGCUAAGAGGUUGAGGCUUUCACCAAGAGGAAGUACUGUUAGUCCUCUGGCGAAUCAGAGCAUGCAUUCGAAGAUGUUAACUCCUAUUGUCAAGAGAUCCACCUGUACAGAUCAAGAAUCUCGUUUAAACGCUACGCCUCAUAGUAUCCUUAAAGUAAAGAGUCAGGAUGAUCCUUUGUCUCAGACUUACGAUGACCUCGCGAUUAGAAAUGAUUCUAGGAUAAUAUCCUUAAGUUGCAGAAUGCCAACACAGAAUACGCCAAAGAAAAUUCAGUUUGAUGAAACAACUAGAUUUUCCACAUCACUGAGCGAUGAUUCUAGUUUGAGAAUACCUGUAGCAGACAGUACCGGUAAUGAAUCAUCUAUCUGUAUAGAAGACAGAUUAAUACAAGAAGCAGAACAGAAGAGGCUAUCUUCGCUAUCUUCCGUAGACGCUAGCAUGAUGGUUUCAUCUAAAGAAUCUAGUGGAACUGAUAGUUUUUAUUCUCCAAGUUCUUCUUUGGAUGAAGGUGCCAGGAAAGGUAGUUCUUCUGUUAUUAAAGAGCCUGAACAAAAUGUAGUAGAACAUGCUGAAAUGCAGGUGCCUAGACAAGAUGAGCUUAAACAUGAUGUAGACAUAGAUCUCCAUGAGACAAAAACUAUGCCACAGUCACCCAGAGCAAGGCGAAGUUAUAAGACGUUGCAUGAUGCGUCAUCAUUACUUGAAACGAGAAGAACUAGAGCUUCUUCUGUAGACAAGUCGCUCACUGAAUCACCUAGAAGAACCAGAACGUCUUCUGUAGACAAAUCCCUCAUUGAAUCACCUAGAAGAACCAGAGCGUCUUCAGUAGACAAAUCCCUCAUUGAAUCGCCUAGAAGGACGAGAGCUUCUUCAGUGGAGAGAUCUGAAGAUGUUUCAAUGAAAGAUGAUGCAGCUGAUGAUGAAACCAAAACUCUACCUCAGUCACCUAAAGCUAGGAGGAGUUACAAGAGGUCUUAUGAUGAAUCCGCUGCUCUGGAACCUAGGAGAACCAGGGCGUCUUCUGUAGAAAAAUGUCGAACGGAGUCACCUUCAAUUGAACCUAGGAGGACAAGGGCGUCUUCGGUGGAUAAAUCUAUCAGAAUAUCAUCUGUGGGCGCAUCUCCAGCAAUACGCAUAUCAAGCGAAACAUCAUCUUCGGAAUCUCCUGCUACGUCUGUUUCUGAAUCACCCAAACAAUCGCCAAGAUUGCUUCAGGUCAACAGAAGGAAACCUCUGAGUCGACAAGUCUUGGAGCAUAACGCUUUUUCUGCGCUACAGUCUUCCAAAUUCGUUUCUAAGGAGGUCAUAGUUACCAAAAAAGAUUCGACGGUGAUCACAGAAACAUCUGCAGAUUCUACCAAAGUUAUAUCUCUAGAAAUCGAUUCCCAGGUAUCUGAAAAAAUCUCAGAAAAUCAAAGAAGCCUCAGGUUGACAGACUCGGUGCGCAAAGAAGAACGAAUAGAACAUGCUGAGAAAAAUUCUGAGGGUGAUGAUUCAUUUUUGUCUCAGUUGGCUGACGAGUGGAUUAAGGGUAGAAAAGUUGGUAAAAACUGUAGUGAUGAUGAGUCAGAAGUUAAAGAUGAAGUUGAUACUGAACUAAACGAACCUACUGAUGUAACGGGAAGCUCUACCGUUGAUAAGAAUUACCUGGAAGCAAACAAAAACAGUGGUGAUAAUCAGUCAGAAGUUGAAGAUAAAGUUGAAUCAGAUUCAAUUCAACUUGAAUUUUCUACUGAAGAAAUCAAACCUGCUGGUGAAGUGCCAAGUUCUACCGUUGAUAACAAUUACCUAGAAGCAAGAAAAAAAGUGGUGAUAAUGAGUCAGAAGUUGAAGAUAAAGUUGAUACUGAAGAAAUCAAACCUGUUGAUGUGAUGCUAAGCUCUGCCGUUGAUGAUGAUAACCCAGAGGAAAGUGGACAAGACGAAAUUGAAGAAAGUACCCAGUUAAGUGAAAAAGAAUGCUCUGAUGUUGCAGCACAAAGUAAACCAACCAAGCUUUUUACAGAAUUAGAAUUUAGUAUUCCCAAAGUAGUUGAAAAACAUAGUCCAAUGGAAGUGGAUGAAGACACUCCAGGAUUUCUCUCCAUUGUAGCCACAGAAGCAGUGAACUAUAUCAUAGAGAGAAGAAAAGCUAAAGAAUCUAGACCGAAAAUAGAAACAAUCAAAGAACAUACUGCAGAAGAAUCUGGAGAUGGAGAAGAGAAACCAGUUCAAAGUGUAGAAGUAGUAGAACCAGCUGUGAUUGCCGAUACUGUAUUAACUGAGUUGAAACCUGUGUAUGAAAACACCUGUUAUACAGUAUCAGAUCUAGAUAAAGGUUUCUUGAAAUCGGAGGUCUACGCGGACUUGUCAGGUUCUGAAGACAGUUGUGACAGAUUAGAGGUUGUGUUCGAAACGAAUAUAGGCAAUACUGCUCAAAUUGAUCCUUUAGAAGUAUCUGUGAGAAGUUCUGAGAUUGCCAAAAGCCAACCUGAAGAGGAGUCUCUAAAUCGUGCCUUCAUAGAUGUGAAAGAGUCUAAGGUGUAUCAGGACCUAUCCAGCGAUUCAGAUAAUAUAGAGGGCGAUUUGGAUGAAUCAAGGACUCAGUUUGAUGAAUUAGAAGAUUGCAUUUUUCAAUCGCGGUCUGAACGUGAAGACGAUUUUGUUACUGAGAGAACUAGAAAAGCAGUCGAUGAUGUAAUCUCCAUCAGCGAUAGUGCCAGCUCUAGAAGUAACUCGUAUCGUUCAAAGAGUAGCGAUUCUUCUGAAAACGCUGAUAAACGUGUAGAUGACAUGGAGUUCCAUGAGGAGCCUGAAGAAACUAUGAAUAUUGUAAAAAUGGACACUUCGCAGGUUCAUUCGAGUUUAUCCAAGAAUAAUGAAGCUAAAUCAAAAUCAGUUACUGAAUCUCAGCUUAAACAAGAUACGAACCUUGCUUCAGAUGAAACACAAGGUGAGUUGACUAAAUCCACUGGUGAAACAGAGAUUCCAGCAAAUGUAGAAUAUCAAUCUACAACGGUUUCAGCUUCUAAAGACGUCACUGCAUCUGAAAGGCCAACGACUAAAUCCCGAUCUGCUGAAGAGACGGAAGAGGAAGGGUCAAAGAAUGAUAAUAAGGAAAGUGAAACAGAUGUUGGCGAUAUGAGUACUUCAGAUAAAAGAGUUGCAACGCCAUCCAAAGCUCGGAAAUUGAAAAGAUUUGAAGAGCACACGUCCUCUUCAGAUACAACAGAUAGCGAUGCUGUAAAGGAAGUGGUAGUGACUGCUGAGGUCCACUCUCCUCGUUCCAAAAAGAGGACUGAGGAACCGCUACUGAAACGGGUGACUAGGACGAACAGCACUUCAUUGGCUCAACAAGAGGGGGAACCAAAAGAACAACCAUCAACCUCAAAGCAGUCUGAAGGGAAGAGAUCAUCUAGGAAGACCAGAAGUGUCAGUCUGACCGAAGAGCCUGUGGGGUCUAGGAGGAAUUUGAGAAGCAGUAGUGUGGAGACGGAAGGCAGUGUGAGUGAGAAGAAAGAAGAAAACAGGGCAAUGCCAGUUGAUGAAGGUGAAAGUACGAAGAAAGGAAGAAGGAGAAUAUCGUCUGUGGAUGAGUCAACAAGUACUGGAGGGGGUAGAAGAGGAAAGAGAAGGACUAUGUCGGUUGACGAGCUGCCUGUUAUCGCUGAAGAUGUUGAGUUGGGGAAGAAACCACGAUGGAUCGCUACACUUCAACACGAAGAUUGACCCGAAAACAGGCGAAUAUGAUGAGAAAUUCUAGCAUACCGGAGAGAGAAGAAAUGGAAAAAUUAGAAGAAGGGGAACCUUUUGAUCCCAUCGAUCUUCUUGACAAAGAGCCAUUUCAAGGAAAAGCCGAUUCAGAAGAAGCGAAAGUGUAUCAAGGCUCGUCUUCCACAGCUAGUACCGUAAGUUCCGUGAGGCCAGGUAAAAGAAUAACAAGAUCUGCAUCAGCUGCUUCAGAUACAUCGGUUGCUCAGGUUUUAACCCCAAAGAAACAAGGAAGGUCAAAAUCGCAACCUAAAAGUCCUGUACAGUCUACAGAAGGUGUCAAAACAAGAUCAAGGAAAUACUCCGACUCAAAUUCUGUGGCUUCUAUACAAUCGGGGUCUCCGUCACCUCCUAAAAGAACUAGGAAGAAAGACGACACUACUAUUCCAAGUUCCACUAGAAAGACUACUAGAAGCAGAAAUAGUUCCAUUUCGUCUACUAAAUCAGAUGCACAUACCAAAAGAAAAUGAAAAGUUCUGUUAAACUGUGGGCGAAUACUAACUUAUUUACAUUUUGACGCAGUGAAACCAAAUUAAGACUGAAAUGCACAAUAUCAAUUUCUUUCUGGAUGUGUCUGUCAGUUUUUGAAUCAAAAUUUUGAAACAUGUUUCACUUCAAGUUAUAAAAAUUAGUACCGUGUCCGAUCAACAGUGAUCUGAUUUUUUAUUGUACUUUGAGUCAUUUGUCAAGUAUGGAUUGUAAAAAUGUUGAACAUGUUUUGUAUCCUAGAAGAUAUUCUUCCUUUAUUAUUUAAGUUUUGUUAUUUUGGUUAUUCUAUAUUUUUUCACACUCUGUAUAUAAACUUCAAAAUAAACAUAAAUUAAC